AUACAGAUGAGCUGUAAACAAGCAGAUAAACCUGGAAAGAAACGCAGAGGAGCUGCUCGCAGCCACAGCAUCAGUUCCCAUCAUGAAGGCAGACCGGAUCGGCGUUGACAUUCCCGUGUACGACCUCUCACUGAUCCGACAGAUGUGGGAAGGACGCGUGAAGAAGUACAAAACGCGGCAGAAGAAGGAGGAAGAGCGGAUCAGUAAAAGUGCUCUGGACAAGGUGAAUCAGCAGUGGCAGUAUCGCAUCGCGUGCAGAAAGCUGAAGAGUGCCGAGGUCACAGCGCUGCAGUGUUACCUCGAGAGAUCCACGCUCGGCGAACUACAAAUCCUGCCCACCGAGAAUAAAGGUGAUGCACAAUACAAAUACUGGAAACUGAUCAACCUCAAGGAAUUACGUGUGAAUUAUAAUAAACUGUUAAGCAUUCCACCUGAACUCGGAGAAUGUGAGAAUCUGGAACGAUUAGAGAUGACGGCGAACGGAAACCUGGCCGAGCUUCCCUUUGAGCUGAGCAAUCUCAAAAAACUGAAGCACUUGGACGUGGCAGAGAAUCAGUUUGUCAGUAUCCCGGUCUGCGUGCUUCGCAUGGAAAGCCUGAAGUGUUUGGAUAUCAGCAACAACAGACUCAAAGACCUGCCGGAGGACAUCGACAGGCUCGAGGCAUUAGAGACGCUGUUCCUUCAUAGAAACAAAGUGCGACACGUGCCGAUGACCGUGAUGAAGCUCAUCCAUCUGAAGAUGCUGGUCAUCAGCGCAGACGAGCUGUACAGCAUCCCGUCUCAAUUAAUCGACAACCCUAAUAUCAAAUUAAUCCGAUUAUACGACAAUCCAAUAAACACUGAGAAUGAAGACAUGAGCACGGACUCAGAAGCUCAGGACGGGCGUGACAAGGAGUUCAUGAAGACAUACAUCGAGACCCUUCAAGACAGAGAGACUCAGCCGUCAUACACCACUAAAGUCUCCCUGAGCUGCCUGCUGUAGAAGCGCAUGAACGUCUGCUUCACGACUGUAAAUAUGACACAGAUUGAUAUCAGUGCGUUUUAAACGCUUCCACUGGAGUCUGCUUAUUAGUUUUCUCAUUCCGAGUUCAAUUAAAACUAAAACGCAGGGUACACUGGAUGCCACGUUGAGAAGCUGUUAGUAUCUAAAGCUUUCUUUUGUAGCAGCGUUUACUAUUAUUCAAGAAAAACAGUUAGUAGGGUUGAAGAUCAUAUUUUCCUUUUUGACUGCAUUUAUCAUUCUUACUAGUUCUGAACCUGAACCCACUUUGAUUUGGUUUUCUGUGAAGAGUUCCAUUGUUUAGUUUGACCAAACGUUUCACAGCAUGACGUUGAAACUUUUUCUGUCUUGAAGUCGAUAUUUUAUAAGAGUGCCGUUUUAAUUCAUUUCAGUUAAAUAAAUUCUAAUUUCCUAUUUUGCCUUCAGCCAUAAAUACGACACGUGCAUUUCUCUGUCGAUGGGAAACACUAUAAAUUCCAAUCCUGGAAUAUGAAGUGGUUUAUUGAAACAUUGAUCAAUUAAUAUCUCAACGAACUUUUGUAACAAACAUGCAUUGAUAAAAUCUCUUCAAUAAAGUCUUCAAGGAAUGAAUGCAUAGACAUGAAGAAUGGCACCUAGAGCCGAAACAAAGUGCAGUUCAUCGGAAAACACCUAAAGUAACUUCAGUGGGGUUAAGAGCUUCUGGAGUCAGUGUGCAUUGAUCUACAGCACCGUUUGCAUAAAUAGAAUUACAUCUACACUUCUGCUUUGACAUCAUUUUCAAGUAUGCAUCGUAUUCAGGUCGCCAGAAUUGGGAACGUUUCCUCUGCUCUGUGCUGCUCAAAAACAUUAAUUUAGUGCACGAUAAAGCAGAAAUCGUCAUGGAUUUAGGCUGUUAUUGCUGCAGUGUGUUACAUGAUAAAAUGCAAUCAAUCAGAUAAUCUGCUGCUAAUGGAGUCGUGAUGCGCAAUUAACUUUUACUCCACUUUUAACAUGCAAAGAAAAUACAUUUUUUAAAUUAAAUAAAAUAACACAGAAGUCAGUAAGAGGAAGCAACGACGAUAAAUCAGUAAAGCCGUUUCAAAAACAUUUGAUUCGGUCCUCUGGAAAUUAUUUCAGGCAACGCAGAAACAUGCCUUACAGGAAGAGUUCAGCCAAAACUGAAUAUGUGCUCUCUCAGUUCAUCCUCAGAUGUAGAUGAGUUUGUUUCUUCAUCAGAUUCUGAGAAAUGUAGCAUUGCAUCAGUGUCUCA